AUGCAUAAGCCAUCUGGAUAAACAACUGUUUCCAAUUAUUGCUUUGACCAGUGGCUACACUUCAUUUUGGCACUUUAGCUCUUCUGCGCUCCUGUCCAAACCAUAACAGUCACAACUAAUCAAAGGCACUUGUAGGGAUACUGCUUUUGGCCUCAGAAAGGUUUGAGCCGGUUUUGGCCAGCCUCUCGCCUGCUCUCCGUCCGCUUGGAAAAGUUGAAAUUCCUGAAGGCAUUUUGCUUCAGGUUUCUCGGGGAUUUAAACAUGUAUGCAGAGGCUCUGGUGAAUCCUGUGUCGGUCUCCUCACUCCUGAUUCUCUUCUCAGCUUUUGCAGGAACUGUAUCACAAUCACUGAGAACAGUAACUGGGGACUGCAGACUUUCCACAGAAUUUUCACUGCGACGGUGCAGGACACCGGACGGCCUUAUUUGUAGUGGGAGGGGUGAUUGUAGCUGUGGAAUCUGCAUAUGUCACGUCGCGGACCCUGGGAAGUUUUAUGGCCCACGCUGUGAGUGUCACGACUGGGUCUGUGCAACAUAUGAUGGGAAAAUCUGCGGAGGUCACGGUACCUGUGACUGUGGGAAAUGCAUGUGUGAGGAGAGCUGGUUUGGCGAAGCCUGCCAGUAUAAAGAAGACUGUAACCUUUCGAAGAGAAAAAGUAAAGAGUUAUGCCGAAACACUCAAGGAGUAAUCUGUUCAAAUGCAGGAUCCUGUCACUGUGGCAGCUGCAUAUGUCAAAACCCGGAUGGCCGGGGUCUUAUCAGUGGGAGGUUCUGCGAGUGCAACGACGGCGAAUGCCUCGAUGAGGAGACCGGUGAGAUGUGUGGAGGCCAUGGAAAGUGUUACUGUGGAAACUGUUACUGUGCGGCUGGUUGGCAUGGAGAUAAAUGUGAAUUCCAGUGUGACAUCAGCCCAUGGGAGAGCAAGAGGAGAUGCACAUCUCCAGGUGGCAAGAUUUGUAGCAACCGAGGGACAUGCAUCUGUGGGGAAUGCACCUGCUACGAUGUAGACCCCUCUGGCGAGUGGGGGGACAUUCACGGAGAAACCUGUGAGUGUGACGAGAGGAGCUGCCACUCCGUUUACGACAGAUACUCAGACGACUUCUGCUCUGGUCAUGGACAGUGCAACUGUGGGAGAUGUGAUUGCACGGACGGCUGGGUUGGGAAGAAAUGCGAGCAUCCACUUUCAUGUCACCUGUCCCCUGAGGCCAGUCUGAGGCGGUGUCAGGGAACGUCCAUCAUACCGUGCUCCGGCAGAGGGCAGUGCCAAUGUGGUCAGUGUACUUGUCACCCUCUGGGGGACACGAGGGUGCACGGGAAGAACUGCGAGUGCGAUGACCGCCAGUGUGAGGACAUGGAAGGCAACGUCUGUGGUGGUCACGGCUUCUGCUCCUGCGGUCGGUGCAUCUGCAGCGACGGCUGGUUUGGAAAGCUUUGCCAGUUCCCACGGACCUGUAACAUGACCGACGCGGACAGCAAAAGCCUAUGCGAGACAUCCGAUGGCGUCAUCUGCACAGGCAGAGGUUCCUGCCACUGUGGAAAGUGUAUAUGCUCGCCCCAGGACUGGUAUGUGUCCGGAGAGUUCUGCGAAUGCGACGACAGAGACUGCGACAAACAUGAUGGUCUCAUCUGCACAGGUAAUGGCUGGUGUAGCUGUGGCAACUGUGAAUGCUGGGAAGGAUGGACUGGAAACGCGUGUGAAAUUUGGGUGGGAUCAGAGUACUAAUACUUCAAGGGGACAAGGAGACUUCGUGGAACUGAAAAAGAUCAUGACGUUGCCAAGAGGCUGAUGAAAAACCAUAAUGAAUGAUAAUAAUGAAAAGAACAAAGAGAAUCACAGAUCUGGGAUGUAAUUCUUCAUUCACAUUUCUGCAUAUCACCUGUAUAACAGCAUUCAUGUUAAUGUUUACAAAUUAUCUUUAUUAAAACUAUAUUGUUGUAUGCAAGUAAACAAUUGUGGAAGCAAGAGCAGUUUUUUUUUUCCUGUGUAGACACAUGACAUUUAAACAAUUUAUGUUUCCAAUACAACUAUAUGUUUGAAAAUUAUUUAUCUAGAUGCUUACAUAUUCAGUAAAGCCACACAGUUUAAGCUGUAAGUACAUGGACAGAAUCCAAACAAUGUAAGAUAAACCAAAAAUGUUUUAUUAUCAUGAAUAAUAUUUGUUGUGAUGUUACUCUGUGCUGAAUAUUAGUGCUUUUUCAUUGUAUAUUUUGACCAACUGUCAUGUAUAAUCAAAUUAUUUUAUGAAAAAUGCAUUGUGUGUAUUAAAAUCAGAUGGAAUAUAUUUUCCAUUUAUAGUACUAAUAAUAAUUAUUAUUAUUAUCAUCAUGAAUAAUAAUAAUAACUGUACUACAGCACAACAUUAGCAUGAAACCAGUGCAACAUCCUGUAGUGAAUAAGUUUAAAAGAACUUGGAAAGACAUAUUUGCAAUGGCAUAUGCUGUCAAAUAAAACAGUGCAAAAUU